AUCGAACCCUGCUGGGUGCCAGCCUGGCCGUUUUAUGCUCCUCUUCCCCCUGUAAACAACUCCCUCUAAUGUACCAAAAAAAAAAAAAAAACAACUCCCUCUUCUCUUUCUUUUGAAACCAAGAUGGGGCGAGAGAGACCAAGAAAUCCGAAGAAAGGAGACGUCUAAACUAAGAGCUCCGAGAUCCAACCGCAUUUCGCUCGGACUUGCCUUCUCCUCAAAGGAAAAGGGAAGGUAUUCCAAAGGGAAAGCGAGAGGGAAUAAAAAGAACACAAGAAAGAAACAAAACUGGAGAAGGGAGCAACAGAGAUCGAUUGGAUCCGAGCCGGAUCCGGGUCCGGCGGAAGGAAAGAAGAGAAGGGGGAGAUCGAUGGGGGAUUUCAAUUUGGCGCUGGUGAUCGUGGCGGUGGUGGUGUCUGUUCUGGUCCUCCUGGUGAGCGUCUACUUGUUGGUGAACUACCAGCAUCCGGACGAUGUGAACCAGGCCUACUUCCCCAAGCUGGUGGUGGUUCUUGGCCUCUCGGUCGCCGCCAUCUCCAUCUUGAUGCUUCCGGCCGACGUCGCUAACCGGAAGGCGUGCCGGCAUGCCAUUUACAAUGGGGCUUGUAAUCUCACGCUCCCGAUGAAGACCCUCUGGCUCGCCGUCUACAUCGCCGAUGCCGUUCUCGUCUUCUUCAUCAUCCCCUUUGCCAUGUUCUACUACGAGGGCGACCAGGACAAGAGUGUGGCGAAGAGGCUGAAGAGCGCUUUGCUGUGGGUUGUGACCUCUGCCAUUGUUUGUGGGCUUGUUCUUGGCAUUCUCUAUGCUCUGGUAGGUAAAGUGGACUUCACAGUCAGACACCUCUCUUCAUCCGUAACAAGCUUCCCAAGUUCUUGGACAGGAUUAUCAAGCAGUCAACCUUGUUUAACUCCAUUGACUCGUCAGUGUGCUGCAUAUACAGCAAGUGCUUCUUCAGAAACAACUUGGACAAUGCGCGCCACCUUUCCAGAAUAUGUGGUUGCUCUGGCAACAAUUGUUGGAUCAGUGUUAUUCUCAAUAUUUGGAGGUGUCGGGAUUGCUUGCCUUCCACUGGGACUCAUGUUUGCAUUUAUACGGCGCCCCAAGGCUGUCAUUACUCGCUCACAAUAUAUAAAGGAAGCAACUGAAUUGGGAAAGAAAGCUAGAGAAUUGAAGAAAGCAGCAGAAGCCCUUCAUCAAGAAGAGCGAAGUGGUAACAAGGGGAGAAAAUGGCGUAAAAAUGUAAAAGCUGUUGAAAAGGAGUUGCUUCUCUUGGAAGAUGAUAUGAAAGCUUUGGAGGAAAUGUAUCCUCAGGGAGAAAAGGCAGAGACUGCGUGGGCUCUAACUGUCCUGGGUUACUUGGGAAAACUUGUACUGGGGAUUGUUGGGUUGAUUGUUUCGGUGGCUUGGGUUGCACACAUCAUCAUAUAUCUAUUGAUCGACCCUCCUCUCUCCCCUUUCCUAAACGAAGUCUUCAUCAAAUUGGAUGAUGUCUGGGGUCUUCUAGGUACUGCAGCAUUUGCAUUUUUCUGCUUCUACCUUCUGCUUGCCGUGAUUGCAGGGGCAAUGAUGCUUGGUCUGAGAUUAGUCUUUAUUACCAUUCACCCAAUGAAGUGGGGGGGAACUCUGAUGAACUCUUUUCUCUUUAAUGUGGGACUCAUCCUACUUUGCUCCAUCAGUGUGAUUCAGUUCUGUGCUACAGCCUUCGGUUACUAUGCACAAGCAACAGCUGCUCAGGAGAUAUUUGGCCACACCUUGGAGUCUCUUCGUGGAAUCAAGUAUCUGUACAAGUAUAACGUAUUCCAAUAUGCAUUUGUCGGUCUGGCAAUUAUCACUCUUUUCUACUAUGCUGCAUUUGGAUGGAAAAAGAGAAAACAAAGGGGCAGGUUCCAGCUUUCCGGUUGACCAUGUGCUACUGCUGGCCAGAUUUCCCAGCGAUUCCCUGGCGGCUUGUCUAUUUUAAGCGAUGGAAGCUUGUUUUGCUUGUACUUAUGGGCUUAUGCGGAUGAGGUGAGUUAAAAAUGGAUCACAUCAAUGUAAAAUAGCGAUGAUGGCUUCUUGAAGGCUAGGAACAGAGCCAUAACCCUCCUCCAGGCUGUUGGAGUGGACUGUUGUCUUGAUUUCUUGAUCUUGUGUUAUUUAUACUUAUAUUUUCCUUUUUCAUGCGUUUUGAUGUAUAAUUUUGUACUUGGCUGACCCAGUUGUGUAUAUGAAUACAUUGAGUGCAAAGUAUGGAUCAUUUUAUGUGCAACCA